GUUUGGAAGGUCUUGACGAUAAUCGCAGAUGUGGCGCAGUAUUUCCACGGCUAUAACUACCUGGAUCCGUCUAAAGUUUGGCACCUGAGCCAUUACACUUGUAAGUGUCGAUGUGGCAUGCAGCCCUAGAUCCCAUGCCAUAGUGAGAUUUCAAGUCAACCACCCAGGCUAAGCCUAAAAAUGGGUCAACAGAGAUACUUCUUCCUUGACGAGGCGAUACCUGCAUCUGAGAUGGAUAGUUUCAUAUUUGAACACUUUCAUCCUCUUACAUCCGGAUGUCCGUCCCACAAAACAGAGGAGAUUAUCCCCGAUAUCCUCCCGCAGCCAUCCUUGUCGACAAAUAGGAAAGAGCCUAUCCAAGUCUUCCGCGAGAAGGACAUCAGCGCCCAGUUAUCGGCACUGCUGGGGUUCAAGAUCACGCGAGGUUCAUCGGAGACCAGAAAGCUGGGAAGUGAUCUCGUGAAUACUAUGCCCGGGGAUGUUCGCGCGCUCUUGGAAAGCGCCAAGUUCCAUCGCAUAUACUUGGUCACUGGCUUCCUCACUGCGAGCAGAAUGUUGGAUUUCGGUCUCCAGCCACGGGUCUGUUCUGGUGCGCAACAUAGUCGCGAAUUGUUCUCCGAGGGAGAAGAAAUCAUUGCGGCCUCGUACUCGGUAGUCAAGUUGAAACAUCAGGGCAGACCGUUACCGGGAUUUGAUACCAAAGCCCCGGUUCUCGGGCGCCCAAAAAGGGCAAAAGCAUAUCACUUAGCUUUAGGACAUGAUGAGGAGAAUUUUGAGUUUGGUGAUAAGGGAGCCCCGUCUGUUGGAGCUUUGCAUUUGCCGUCUGAGACGGUAUCGUACUUCGAGCUUUAA